GGGCGGGGCUGUGCUGCGCUCCUCUCGCCGUACCGUGCCGUGCCGUGCCGGGCGGGUUGGUCUGGUCCGGUCCGGUCCGGGUCCGGGCGCCGCCGGCCGCCAUGGCCGUGCCCUUCGUGGAGGACUGGGACCUGGUGCAGACGCUGGGCGAGGGCGCCUACGGAGAGGUUCAGCUGGCCGUCAACAGGCGCACGGAGGAAGCCGUUGCCGUCAAAAUAGUUGAUAUGAAACGUGCUGCCGACUGUCCAGAAAACAUCAAGAAAGAAAUUUGUAUUAAUAAGAUGCUCAAUCAUGAAAACAUCGUGAAGUUCUACGGGCACCGGCGAGAAGGCCACGUCCAGUACCUCUUCCUCGAGUACUGUCGAGGGGGGGAGCUCUUCGACAGAAUAGAGCCUGAUGUAGGAAUGCCUGAAUCAGAUGCACAGAAGUUUUUCCAUCAGCUUAUUGCUGGGGUGGUGUAUCUCCAUGGUAUAGGUAUAACCCACAGAGAUAUUAAGCCUGAGAAUCUAUUGCUAGAUGACAGAGAUAACCUCAAAAUCUCCGACUUUGGCUUGGCUACUGUGUUUAAACACAACGGUCGUGAACGAUUGUUAAACAAGAUGUGUGGCACUCUCCCAUAUGUUGCCCCAGAACUGCUAAAAAGAAAAGAAUUCCAUGCAGAACCAGUUGACAUUUGGUCCUGUGGGAUAGUACUUACUGCUAUGUUGGCAGGAGAAUUGCCAUGGGACCAGCCUAGUAACAGUUGCCAAGAAUAUUGUGAUUGGAAGGAAAAGAAAACAUACCUUCCCCCCUGGAAGAAGAUUGAUUCUGUACCAUUAGCUUUGCUUCACAAAAUCCUGAUAGAGAACCCUACAGCAAGGAUAACCAUUUCAGACAUCAAAAAGGACAGAUGGUACACCAGGCCUUUGAAGAAAGGUAUCAAACGGGCCCGGGUCUCUUCUGGGGGUCUGUCAGACUCUCCAGGUGGCUUUUCUAAGCACAUUCGAUCUGAUAUGGACUUCUCACCACUGAAAAGUGCACACAGUGAAGACAAAGUGGGUUACUCUACUUCCCAGCCAGAACCUCGCAUGUGUAUUUCCUUGUGGGACAGCAGUCCAACCAGUAUUGACAAACUAGUGAAAGGGAUCAGCUUCUCCCAGCCAGCAUGCCCUGACCACAUGCUAGUGAACAGUCAGUUACUUGGCACCCCGGGCUCAUCACAGAAUCCCUGGCAACGCUUGGUGAAGAGAAUGACCCGUUUUUUUACAAAACUGGAUGCUGACCAUUCCUAUAAGAGUCUGAAGGAGGUUUGUGAGAAGAUGGGCUAUGUCUGGAAGAAGAGCUGCACAAACCAGGUCACCAUCUCGACAACUGACAGGAGAAAUAACAAACUCAUUUUCAAAGUGAACCUGGUAGAAAUGGAGAACAAGAUUUUGGUGGAUUUCCGUCUGUCUAAGGGUGAUGGGUUGGAGUUCAAGAGGCACUUCCUGAAGAUUAAGGGGAAGCUGAACGAUAUUGUCAGCACCCAGAAAGUGUAGCUUCCUUCCACAUGAUCCAGCUGUGACUGGGUGAAGGAGAGAAUUGGAUGCUGCUAUAUGGAUUCAUUUCUAUGCUCUCCAUUAAGAAACACUUGUGGCUGCCAGUCUGAACAUCACUUGCAGUGGAAGUCGUUUUGGAGGAUGUGUGAAUUAGUGACUAGUACCAAGAAGCUUCCACAGAGGAUAUGGUUUGUAACUGCAUUUCCAUGGUCUGCUGGAUCAAUUGUGCAUUUUGAAAAGGGGUCACUCUAAAAGAGCUGCCGGUUUAUAGUAAGGUAGGUUGUGGCCCAGCCUCUGCUGCUGUCUUUAGUCUUUCUCUGGCUAAGUCAGCAAACCCCACCUGACUUGGGUGCAUUGUGCCUUUGUGGAGCCAGCCUGCCUGUUCCAGGCAUGUACCUCCGGCCCUGCUGGUGUUACAGACCUAACUCGGGAAACCCUGUGCCUACCUUAGUCUUCCUUUGUCCUUUUUACUGUAUUUUUAUACCUGCAAUUUUUACAACUGUUUGAGUGAUAAUUUAUCAGCUCCCUUUUUAUAUAGAAUGAAAUGCAUCUGGCUUAAAGGAGCCAGGGUGGGAGUUUUAGUUGGGGGAAAUUGUUACGUGUAUAUUUACUUUCCAUUCAACCCUCUUGUAAAAUGAAGAGAUUGGGCCUUAAACUCUUACACUAAUGUAA